AUGGCAAAGCCGCCCCCACCCCAGAGCAGGCCCCAUCGCUGUCAACCCUUGCCUUUGACCUUUGCCUCCCAACGCCAUAUCAUCCGCCCCCUUCUUCUUCUUCUGGUGUUCUUGAUCAUCCCGCCCCGGCCAGCGCUCGAGCUGGCUGCCACGUGCAGCGCAGCCCAUGAUAUCCGCCUCGCUCAGCCCGCUGAUCGGGAUGCCGCCUGCUGGGCGCUCUUGGAUGGCCUCUGCCCAACCCCAGAGUCACCCACCCCUGUACCCCGCGCUGCCCCUGUACACGCUGCGCCACAAAUACCCCGCCUUCGCCGAGAUGGUCCUCUCCCCACCACAUCAAGCACCGCCGAGCCCCCCGCGUGUCGUUUGCCAACCCUCAACUUUGUCUCUCUGGACACCCUCUUGAUCAACAAUGAUCCGGCCGCCCUCCAGCCCCUCCUCAAGCGCACCACCCUUGCCCCCACUGCCAUCGUCGCUCAAUUCCUACCCAAUGCCCCCGAUGUCAACCCCUCGGCAACCACCAACCCCCUGUGCCUUGCUGACGUCCGAGCCAAACUCAUUCAACACAAUGCCUCCGCCUGGCUGCUGGCCACCCCCGAUGCACCCCUCCUCCUUCAGGCCUGGGCCACCGACCCCGAACUCACGUCCCACUUGCAAUUCCUCCUCGUCUCCGGCACCACCCUCCCCCUCCGCCCUUCUUUCCCCUUGAACCUCACCAACUACCCCGCCCUCCGAUCCCUCCGCCUUCACACCGUGCACGUGUCCACCUUGGCCCUCCCAAACCCCACCCAGCUCCUUGCCUUGGAGCUCCUCGAUGUCAACUUGGACCCGGCCCACCUGGCCAUCCCCACCCUCCAAUACCUCAACCUCUCCCUGCCCCCUAAAACCGAUCUCCCCCGCAUCUUGACUCAGCUCCCCCAGCUGUCCGUACUCAACGUUUCAAACAACCCCCUCGCCACCCUCGAUCCCACCGCCUCGAACAUCCUCUCCGCCCUCGCCCAAGCCGGCGCCAACCAGUCCCUCACUCACCUUGACCUCACGGCCUGCCAGCUCUCCAACUUCAUCGUGCCCAGUCACACCGCCUUUCCAACCCUCCAUACCCUUUACCUCACCAACAAUCAACUCACCACCCUUACCACCCUCGAGCUCGACCCCUCCUGCUUUCCCAACCUCCUAACCCUGGACCUGGCCGACAACAAUCUCCGCCGCCUUGAACCCGGCCCUUAUAGCCACCUCUCCAACCUCCGCUACCUCUUCCUCAACAAUAAUGUUCUCACUCGCUUUGAUCCCACCGCCCUUGCUCACCUCUCCGCCCUCAUCCUUCUCGAACUCAGCGCCAAUGCCAUCUCUGCCAUCCCUGGCCAAGCCCUCGCCGCCUGUACCAACCUCGAGUUUCUCAACCUCUACGGCAACCGCCUGACCGCCCUUCCUGCCCAUGGCCUCGGCACACUGUCAAACCUUCGCAUCCUCUCCCUUGGCAAAAAUCUGCUGGCCUCUCUUCCCGACGGUGCUCUUGCCCAUCUCCCUGGCCUCGUCUCCUUAGGCCUUGCCCACAACCGCCUUGAUCGUUGGCGCACCGCUGUCUUUGGCCCCCUUGGACCCCCGACCACCCUCACAAUCAUUGACCUUGGAUCCAACGCCAUCACCCGCAUGGACGCUGAUGCCCUGCGCGGCCUCACCCGGCUGCAAACACUGCGCUUGCAAAGCAACCAGCUCACCACCUUGCCCCCCGGCUUACUGGACAAUCUCCCGGCCCUCUCUGAGCUGAAUCAACUUGGUGAAUUCCCAACCGCUGACGCGUUCACGCAUGCCCCUGGCCUCUUUCAUCUUGACCUCACCAGCAACCCCCUCCGCCACUUCGUCUUGGAUGGGGCUGCUGUCUCGCGUCUCGACACACUGCUCCUGGGUCAGCAGGACUGUUCAGUCGAUUGGACCGCCACCUUUUACAAUGCCGACGCCGCAGGUCUCGCACACCUCUCUGCCCUGUCUCUCGACGGCGCCACAGUCACUGGCCUUCAACUGCAAAACCUCGGCGCCCUCACCUCCCUUAGCCUGCCUGCUAACCAGGUCACCAGCCCGGAUCUGCACCUGGCCCUUGAUGCCUGGCCCAACCUUGGUCAUCUUCGCGUCGCCUGCCUGGAUCAUGUCACCUCGGUCAACCUCACCAGCAGGCAUAACCACGCCUUUGACCUCAUAGAGGUGGUCGGCAACGCCCACCUGGAGACGCUGGACGUGUCCUCGAGUAUCGAAACCACCGCACUCAACGUGUCCUUCAACCCUCAGCUUACGGUAUUACCCAGCGUGGCAGCCGAGCAGCUUGAUGUGUCUGGCACAGCCGUGCCUCUUUCCCCGGCCAUUUGCGGCCAGCAUGUGCGGCGCUUCGUGGCCCUGAAGGCCAUGACCCAUGCCUUGGAUUGGACCGAGGCCAUCCGUGAGUGUCUGCGAAUUGGCAUCCAUGUCAUGGACCUCUCUGACAACGGCCUCGAGGACCCAGUCAUUCUCAACAAUGUCUUGAGCAAUCGACUCUAUGUGGGUAAUGCGUUGGCUGCCAACUGCUCUUGGCUCGCCAUGGAUGGUCUGACGCCCGUGUGUGACUUUUCGGACCUGCCGACUUUGCUUUUGGAGGGGAGUCCGACCCAAUGCCAGCUCACCAAGAGCGAUAAAGGGGUCGUCAACCAGGCCGACGAGGAACAAGCCACGCUUUACGGAGAGCAUCGCGUCGUGUGCACCUGCUCUCCGGGGUACCGCUUCCAUCGCGGCGCCUGCCGCUUUUACUUGCCCCUGAUGCAAAACGUUUGGUUUCUUGUCCUGCUGGCACUCCUCAUCAUCACCCUCGUGGGUGGCGCGGUGACCUACCUCCUUCUGCGUUGGCAUCGCUCAGGUGUCCUUCGUCUCGAGGCAAAAGGUGAACUGGAGCGCCAGCUGCUGGUGGCCUCCUACGAUGACGAAAUUGCCGAGCUUAAACAAGCUUGGGAGAUUAGCGCCGAUGAACUACAAUUGCUCAACAGGAUCGAUGGUGACUCCCCGGGAGCCUUUGGCGAAGUGUGGCGAGCCGAAUGGAACCGCUUCGAGGUAUGUGUCAAAGUCUUGCAGCAUCAGCUGUCCAUGGAGACCAACGUGGUGAAUGACUUUGAGAAGGAGAUUGACUUUUUGCAGCGCACGCGGCACCCCCACCUCGUGCGCCUGUUUGGGGCUGGCUAUGGGCCCAUCCACGGCGCUGGCGAAACCAGCUUCCUGGUCCUGGAGCUACUUGAACGGGGAUCACUGAAGAGUGUUCUGCGCGGCAGGCAGCCCAUCUUGCUCACAGAUGAGCAGCGCUGUCGCAUCCUGCUCGACGUGGCGCAAGGAUUGGCCUACCUGCAUAACCUUGGUCACACGCAUCGAGAUAUCAAGAGUGGCAACGUGCUAAUUACGGCCGAUUUUCGAGCCAAGGUCAGCGACUUUGGCUCGAUCAAGCCACGGGCCCAUGCCUCGACACAUCGAGCUCCUGGCGCUACUGGAGUGGAUGCCGCAGCACUUGCAGGCGCCAUCUCAGAAGAGCAACAGCUCGAAACAAGUCUGAGCCUGUUGGCGGGCACGCCUUUGUAUCUUGCGCCUGAAGUGCUGCGCACGGGGCGCAAUGGUGGUCCCGAGGCUGACGUGUUUGCCUUUGGGGUGCUCGCGUGGGAGACGAUCAUGGCGGCAUCUCCGGACCUGGUCGAACAGGAAUACGGUGCCGGCUCGCGGGGCCCCUUUUUGACGCGCCUGCUCACUCUGCUUGAGGCCGGUAAACGCUUGGAAUUUGGCCCGUUGGCCCCUACGCCUCUGGUGGCCCUGACUCGGCAAUGCUGGCAUCUGGACCCUGCGUCCCGGCCCACGCUUGAUCACGUCUGCGCAACGCUAACGCCGCUGCUUUCCGAUAGUGGCACGGCCCCCGUAGCCCAGACCACAGUGCACUAG